AUGGUGAAGAUUAAUGGUAAGGUAGUUCCAUUGGCGCAUACGGUGUGUGCGUCUAGUGCAUUUUUAGCUUCACUACUGGCCGGUUGUAUAUUACAUUACGACAAAAUUGUGAGGAAUUCAUUUUUUGAAUAUCCUGAUGAAUGGUUCCCUAGUGUGUCAGCAACAAUUGGCAGUUUUUACCCUGAAAGAAGUAUUUUCCAAGCUUUAAUAGCUUUAGCUGCAAUUCCAAGAUUUUUGCUAAUUUUAGGACAUUAUUAUUUAAGCGGUUCAAUCACUACGUUAAUAAUUGGAUUAGUUAGAACCCUUUCAUGUGGAGGUUGGGUUUACAUUACAAGCACGGAUGAUCAGGAUGUCCAUGAUUUGUUCAUGAUUCUUUACAUCGCCUUAACAUUACCAUGGAACGUAUAUGUUACUAAAUCAAGUGAAAAAUCCAAAAAAUGGAGAAAAUUAAUUUCAAUUGGUUUUUUCGGUACUAUGGUACCAUUAGUUCAACAUUUUGUUAAACAUAAAGUUCAUAUGGUUCCUGGCGCUUAUUCUAUUUAUGCGCUACUUGGAUGGUCAUUGGUAGCAUUGGAUAUUGCAUUUGAUGCAUUUUCCAUUAAAGAUUUUACUUCAAUUGAAAUUAAUUUAGGUUUAGAACCUUUACAACAAGGUACUUGGUUGUUUAAACGUGAAGAGACCAGUUCUAAACCAGUUAAUGGUGUUAAAGAUGAAAAAUUGGUAUCAAACGGUAAGGAAUCAAAAUUAGCUACAAAUUCUGAGAGAGAUGCACCAGGUUUGUAUCCAUCUACUUUGCCACAAGUUGAGUCUUAUACUUACAUUUUGACCAAUACUUACAAUUCCUUUAUCUUUUGGACUGCUGUAACUUCAAUUACUUGCAGUAUCUGGUAUUUCCCAUUGUGGAACAUGGGUCUUUCUGGCUAUGAAGCCGUUAUGGUGUAUGAUCUCCUACCAAUACUACUGUACAUUCCCUACGUGCCCCAAAUUAUUCAUCAACAUGCUGUUUUAUUAGGUGGAUUGCUCGUUGUGGGAUCUCAUUUCGUUGGAUUGCCGGAAAGUCGCCUGCUGGUGACUGGUGCCGGUGAUGCUCUUGUGGUGAGUGCAUUUGUACUCAAUUUGAAAUCUAUUAAAAGACCUGAAGUCAAUGCCGCUUUCACUGUGACAUGGUUGUUGGGUCUAGUCAUCUCUGUGAUAUUAAAAUUCGCCUGCCAUGGUAACAAUCCCUUGUGGCCUAUUACUAAAGCUGAAAAUGGUGGCUAUCACAACAUUGGAUUGAUUUUCACAACCAUUUUUGGAAUCUUGGCACCUUAUGUCAAUUCAUUACAUUUUGCUCCCAAAGAUAGUUCUAAGGCUGACGGAAAGACUACGGAAUCUAUAAAGAGUAACAAAUACAAGUUUUUUGUGGGUCUUGGAUUCGGUUCCAUAAUUUUUAGUCUUCACCGAUUCUUUACCGAUGCCUCUGCAUUGAUUUAUUGGUCUUGGGAGGGUUGGAACCAAGAAACUCAAGGCCCCUUGGCUUGGCCAUGGAGUGGGUUAACUUGCCUUGUCAUGCUAUUAGCUUCUUUAACCUCCGUGAGAUUCUCUAAAAAUACAUGGGUACCUGGUAUCCUUUUGUUGGAAUCUACUUGGGUCUUGUGCAAUAGAAACAUUACUGAAUGGGAUAACUAUCUUUACGGUGGGUUACCUUAUAUCUUGGGUGUGAUUUGGACCAUUCCAUCAUAUUUUGCAGCUUUGAGUGAAUUACAGAGUGUUGGCGUCAUAAUUCUAGGUUUUGUUACCUAUGCGUUCAUCAGUUUUGCCACUGUUUGGACCGUUGCGUAUGCAUUUGUUCCUCUUGGAUGGUUAUUGAGAGAAAGAAUCGAGGUUGUUAUUUGGUUUUCAACCGCCUUGAUUGUAAUUGGUUUAUUUGUGAUUAAAGUACCUGCUGACACCGUAAACAGCAUUAGUUCAAAACCAUUGGGCAAUGCUUUCUUCAAACGUAUACUGAUUUUAACCUCGGUAAUUGCUGCCAUGAUUGGAGGAUUUACUUUUGAAAAUAGACCUACUGGAGUACCUCAACCAUAUCAUCCAGAGUCCCAAAUGAUUACAGCGGGUAUUUGGACCGUCCAUUUUGGAUUUGAUAACAACAUGUGGGCAUCUGAGGAAAGUAUGGCGUUCUUGCUUAAAUCUAUGGAGUUAGACGUUGUUGGUUUACUAGAAACUGAUACUCAACAAAUCCCAAUGGGUAACAGAGACAUUACGAGUAAAUUGGCCCAUGAUUUGAACAUGUACGCUGAUUACGGUCCAGGUCCUAAUAAGCAUACAUGGGGAUGUGUGCUUUUGUCGAAAUUCCCUAUCGUUAAUUCCACUCACCAUUUAUUACCUUCACCAGUUGGUGAACUUGCACCUGCUAUCCAUGCAACUUUAAAGACAUAUAACGAUACUUUGGUUGAUGUGUUUGUUUUCCACGGUGGUCAAGAAGAGGACGAAUUAGAUAGGAAGUUGCAAAGUGAAGUGAUGGCAAAAUUAAUGGGUUCUACUCAAAGGCCUACAAUUCUUUUGAGUUAUUUGGUUACGGAUCCACAUGAGGGCAAUUACAAUACUUAUGUUAGUGAAACGAGCGGUAUGAGAGAUAUUGAUCCAAGUGAUUAUGAGAGAUGGUGCGAAUACAUUCUUUACAAGGAUUUGAAAAAACUGGGUUACGCAAGAGUCUCUAGAGGUACAGUUACAGAUACUGAAUUACAAGUGGGUAAAUUCCAAGUUAUACCAGAAACGCAAGUGAAAAAGCUGGGUGAAAAGCUCUAUGAUACCGUUACCUUAGAUACCGCUGAGGAAGAUGCACAUCUUUUCCCCGAAGAAUUUUUCGACGAAGGUGAAAGAGGACAUUACUAUCACGUUUUUAAUAGACCUCGUUACUUUUCGCUUAAUUGA